AUGCCUCCUUCUUCAGCCACCACUUGCACUUCCCUUCUUCAAGAGUUGCAGAUCAUAUGGAAUGAGAUUGGUGAAAGUUUCAAUGAGAGAGACAAGAUGCUGUUGGAGCUUGAGCAGGAAUGUCUGGACAUAUACAACAAAAAGGUUGAGAAAACUCGCAAGUACAGAGCUGAGUUGCAAGGAACGUUGGCUCAAGCUGAAGCUGAAAUCGCCAGCCUCAUGUCUGCACUUGGUGAAAACGUUUCGUUUCCAAGGAAAGAAGGCUCUUUAAAGGAGCAGAUAUCUACUGUGAAGCCUGUGUUGGAAGAUCUGCUGAUGAGAAAGGAUCUAAGAUUGAAAGAAAUCUCUGAGACUCUGACACAGAUAACAGAGAUCUCUUCUAACAUAGCGGGGAAUGAGUAUCCUGCUGGCUCUGGUCCAGAAGUUGAUGAAAGUGACUUGACACAAAGAAAGUUGGAUGAACUUAGAGCACAUCUGCAGGAUCUUCGCAAUGAAAAGGCUGUCCGACUGCAGAGAGUAAACUCUUAUGUCAAUGCUGUCCAUGACUUGUCAGAGAUAAUGUCGUUUGAUUACUCCAAGGCCUUGAGUAAUGUCCAUAAAAGCUUGACCGACGUUUCAAAGGCUCAUUCGAAAAGCAUCAGUAACGAUACUCUUGCUAGAUUAACAGAGCUUGUAGAGUCUCUGAAGGAGGAGAAACAUCAGAGGCUGCUUAAGCUACAAGGUUUGGGAAGAACCAUGCAGGAGCUGUGGAACCUAAUGGAAACACCUAUGGAUGAGAGGAGAAGAUUUGAUGAUUUCAGUAGCUAUCUUUCUGUUCCAGCUGAUGAUGCCUUAGAAAAAGGAUGCCUUAGCCUAGACAUUAUCCGUGAGGCUGAAGAUGAAGUGAAAAGACUGAAUGCCCUGAAGUCAAGCAAAAUGAAGGAAUUAGUGUUUAAGAAGCAGCGUGAACUAGAAGAAAUCUGCAGAGGGGUUCAAAUGGAUGUCAACAGCGAUUCUGCAAGACAGAGUCUUGCCGACCUCAUUGAUUCUGGAGCCUGUGAUCUGUCGGAUAUUCUUGCAAGCGUAGAUGAUCAGAUUGAGAAGGCAAAAGAGGAGGCUCUAAGCAGAAAGGAAAUUUUAGACAAAGUUGAUAAGUGGAGGCAAGCAAAGGAUGAAGAAAAAUGGCUUGAUGACUAUGAAAAGGAUGAAAAUCGCUUCAGUGCUGUAAGAGGAGCGCACAAGAAUUUAAAACGCGCAGAGAAAGCUAGGAGUCUUAUCAGCAAACUUCCUGCAAUGCUCGAUGGUCUGACCACCAAAGUGAAGGCGUGGGAAAAAGAAAGAGGAGUUCCCUUCUUAUGUGAUAAGCAACCAUUGUUACAAACAUUGGAAGAAGACAUUGUUAUGCGUGCUCAGAGAGAGGAGGAAAAGCGUCACUUCCGAGAGCAGAAAAGACUACAAGGGCAGCUUGCUACAGAGAAAGAAGCAAAGUAUGGUUCAAGAUCUGCAAAGAAGAAGCCAUUGGGACAGAGUCUUAACACAGACAAUGUGACUAAAACUCCAAUUGGUCGACGGAUUGGGACUACACCUGGACGUUCUGGUGGCAAAGACUUUAGAGAUAGCGGAAGAGGCAAUACCGUGAUUCCGUUGAACUAUGUUGCUCUUCAGAAAGAUGAUUGA